UUGAACGAAAAUAAUUUAAUUUGAUUUUUGUUUAUUUUGGUCUUGAUUUUUUAUAUUGAAAUAAUCGGUGGUGGCAAUGAUUUUAAAUUACAUUAAAACAAUUACCGAUGCCCAGAAUCAACCGAAUCGGGUGUGUGGGAUAUCAUGGUCGCAUAAUCAACAACGAUUAGCAGUGGCAACGGUAGAUCGAACGAUUUUAUUGUACGAUGAAAAUGGUGAAAAACGUGAUAAAUUUGCCACAAAACCAAUGGAUCAAUCCAAUGGCAAAGAAUCAUAUACGAUUCGUCAAAUUGCAUUCAGUCCGGAUUCAACAAAAUUGGCCGUUGCUCAAAGCGAUAAUAUUGUAUACGUUUAUAAAUUGGGUGCCACAUGGUCGGAUAAAAAGGUGAUUUGCAAUAAAUUUCCACAAACAACAUCCAUUAUGGCAAUGGUAUGGUUGUCGAUUGGACCAAUCAUCGCAGGUUUGGAAGAUGGUCAGGUUCGUGCAUUAAAUACAAAAACAAAUAAAUCACAACAAUUGUAUGGGACACAAAGCAUGGUUGUAUCUUUGGCGGCCAAUGAACGUGGCACCGGUUUUGUUUGUGGUCAUGAUGAUGGCUCGAUUAUUCGUUUUUUUAUCGGCGAAGAAUCGGGCGCUCAACUGUCUGGACGAAUUAUACAACAUCAAACGACACCGGUGGCAUUGGCAUGGGCCAAUGGCUAUAUCAUUGCAGCCGGCUGUGAUCGACGCAUUAUAUUUUAUGACUCACAAGGUCGACAAUCACGCCUAUUCGAUUAUUCGCGUGAAGAAUUUGAAAAAGAAUUUACAAUCGCAUCGGGUAGUCCAAAUGGACAGGCGGUCGCAAUCGGUAGUUUCGAUAAAAUACGAAUAUUUACGUGGAGCCCAAGACAAAGUGCUUGGAAUGAAUUGGCCACCAAACAAAUCGAUAAACUGUAUACCGUCACUGCAAUGAGUUGGCGACGUGAUGGCGCAAGAUUGGUGAUCGGAUCGUUAUGCGGCGCUGUAAUUAUGUUUGAAUCGGCAUUGCGACGAACGAUUUUACAAGAUAAAUUCGAAUUGACUUUUGUUGCGCCAAGCCAGGUGCUUGUUAAAGAGCUACAAGAAUCAGCUGGUGAAAAUGUGCUAAUCGAAUCACAGAUUGGAUUGGAAAUCUAUGAUGUUCGAAUUAUGGGUAAAAAUAAUUACCUCGUUGCACGCACCGAUGAAUCAUUGAUUUUAUGCGAUUUGACACGGAAUUUGACGAGUGAGGUUUCUUGGACCAAAUCAGGCGAUCAUGAAAAAUUCUACUUUGAAAAUCCAAAUGUUUGCCUCAUAUUCAACGCCGGUGAACUGUCGUUGGUGGAAUAUGGCGAUAAUUUUAUCUUGAGAUCUGUUAGGACCGAAUUCGUUAAUCCGCAUACAAUUUCUGUGAGAUUGAAUGAAAGAGGAAAUACAAAAGACAACAAGAAAUUAGCCUAUCUGUUGGAUAUGAAAACUAUUUGCGUGGUCGAUUUAAUUAAAGAGACAACAAUCGCUCAAAUUCAACAUAAUUCGAAAGUCGACUGGCUUGAACUGAAUGAAACCAGCCAAAAGUUAUUAUUUCGCGAUAAGAAAAUGCGCUUAUAUUUAGUUGAUGUCGCAACGUCUGGUGAGAAGCAAUUACUAUUACCAAAAGCGUUAUUUGUUCAAUGGGUAAUCCAAAGCGAUGUUGUCGUUGCUCAAACUGACAAUAAUCUGGAAAUAUGGUAUAACAUUGAUAUGCCUGAGCAUAAAACGUUGAUGCCAGUUCGAGGCGAGGUCAUUGACAUCGUCCGCGAAAAUGAUAAAACGGAGGUGAAAACUCGCGAUGGAGCAUCUGAAUUUACUUACUGUCUCGAUGAAGGUUUGGUGGAGUUCGGUACAGCAGUUAACGAUAAUGAUUUUGGUCGUGCAAUAUUGUUCCUCGAGACUCUCGGCGAUGUACCGGCUGCAAAAGCAAUGUGGCACAAUUUAGCAAAUGUUGCUCUGAGUCAACAGAAUAUUUUGGUAGCUCAACGUUGUUUUGCCGCUCUGGGGAAUGCAUCGAAGACGUUUUACUUGAGCGAAACAAUGAAAAUAGCUGAAAAAUACGAAGAAACAACCGGGCCUGGAUUACAAUGUCCAGAAGUUCGUGUUAGGCUUGCACUUUUGGACGCUGAUCUAAGAACGGCAGAAAUGAUUUAUCUUGAACAAGGAAAUAUUGAGGCUGCGUUGCAAAUGUACAAAGACCUUCGAAAAUGGGAUGAUGCGAUCAAGUUGGCCGAUCGUCGUGGUUAUUCGGACAUUGAAACUUUAUUAAAAGAGCAAAUGUCAUAUUUGUUGAAAAGUAAUCAGGAAGAAAAAGCCGGCCAGGUGUUGGAAGCACGCGGUGAAACGGAUCAAGCAAUGACAUUAUAUUUGAAAGCUAAUCGACCAACAAAAGCAGCACGUCUAUUACUGAAGUUGCCGCAUCUACUGCACGACGAAGAAUUAUUGAAUCGCGUCAUUACAUUGCUCAUUAAGUCUGAGUUGUACGAAUUGGCCGGUGAUUUGUCGCAGAAAAUGAAUCAGCCAAAUGCCGCGAUUGACUAUUAUCGUAAGGGUAAGGUAUUUGCGCGUGCAAUUGAGUUGGCUCGCAGUGUGUCUCCAGAAGAGGUGACAACAUUAGAAGAAGAAUGGGGUGAUUGGUUGGUGAGUCGUCGACAAGCCGAUGCAUCAAUUAGCCAUUAUAUUGAAGCUGGAGCAACAUCAAAAGCCCUGGAAGCCGCCGUAAAUGCAAAACAAUGGCUUAAAGCCGUUCAGAUUGCACGAGUUUUGGACGAGCCCGAUGAAAUUAAGCAAUUUUCGGUUGAACUUUCGAAACAACUUUCGCAAAUGGGCAAUAUUACAGCGGCCGAGGAGAUUUUGGUUCGGGCUGAAAUGUACAAAGAAGCCGUUGAUUUGUUAAAUAGUUAUGGUCAAUGGGAAAAGGCAUAUGAUAUUGCUGAAAAAUAUCUUGGUAAAAAUAUUGUGCGUGAUAUGUUCAUUGACAUGGCCACAAAAUUGGAGGAAGAAAAAAAAUUACGCGAUGCUGAAAAAGUAUUGCUAACCAUAAACGAGCCCGAUUUGGCGAUUGCAAUGUACAAACGAUUGGAACACUACGAUUCAAUGAUUCGAUUAGUCGAACAGUAUCAUCGUGAAUUGGUGAAAGAUACACAUUUGCAUUUGGCACAAGAGCUCGAAGCAAGAGGUAGAUACAAAACGGCAGAAAAUCAUUACAUCGCCGGUGGAAAUUGGCAAGCGGCUGUUUAUAUGUUUACCAAUGCAAAUCUAUGGGAGGAAGCGUUUCGUGUGGCCAAACAGAAAGGUGUUGAAGGCGCUUCCAAUCAGGUUGCAUACAUGUGGUCACGAACGCUGCCCGUUGACGGUGCAUAUAAGCUACUUUCAAAAAUGGGACUCAUCGAAGCGGCAAUUACUUAUGCAUGUAAAGAUAAAAUUUAUGAUUUUGUAUUGGAAUUGUGUCACAUGGCAAAUCGACCAGCCGAUGAUAUUCAUUUGAAAAUUGCUCAAGACUAUGAAGACGAAGGGAAAUUCACUGAGGCCGAACCGGAAUAUUUACUCGCCAAUAAACCGAAAGAGGCAAUUUUAAUGUACACACAUAGUCGAGAUUGGCGGUCAGCACUUCGUAUUGCCGAACAAUAUCUACCCGGUGCCGUCAAUGAAGUGCUUUUAAGUCAAGCGGCCGAUGCACUCGAAUCACGGAAUUAUAUUGACUACGAAGCAUUAUUGAUUCGUGCCGAACGAACCGACAUUAUUUUACAGCAUUACAAAGAGAAUUUAAUGUGGGAUGAUGCCAUUCGAAUUGCCAAAGAGUAUAAUCCGUCGUCGUUGAACGAAUUGAAACGAUUGCAAGGCCAAUCGAGUCGCAACAGCGGCUUAGCAAAUGACUCGAGACAAUUGCUACAAGAAGCAUCUGAUUAUGCACGCAAUGAACGAUUCCGUAAGGCAAUUGAUUGCUUGAUGAAAAUUAAUCAAAUUCCAAAUGCCGAUCCACAAGUCGUUGAACAAGCGCUUAUACGUGCCGCUGAUAUGUGUAAUCAAUUUCUUGAGGGAAAUGAUGCCGUUGAAGUAGCACACCAAUUGGCGCCUAGUUUAUUGAAAUUAAAUCAAAUUCCAACCGUUGCUCAACUAUAUUUGGCUGCCGAAUUACCAAAAGAAGCGGUCGAUGUAUUUAUACAAGCCGAAUAUUGGAAUAAAGCACGGCGGCUGGCCAAAGAGAUUGACCCACAAUUGCUGGCGUAUGUUGAAAAUCAACAGAAAAUUCGACUUCGUAGCGAUGGAAAUAUUGAACAAUUGGCUGAUAUUGAUGUAAUCGCUGCACUGGAUUUACUAGCCGAACAAGGCCAAUGGACGCGUUGUAUUGAAAAGGCAAAACAACACAAUAUGACUAUAAUGCAUAAAUACCUUGCCCAAUAUGCAGCACACUUAAUCCAAAAUCACGAUAUUGUCAAUGCAUUGCAAUUGUAUCUGCAGUAUGGUGCACCGGCUUUACCACAAAAUUACAACAUUUACUUGCGUAUUGCGUUGGGCUGCUUUGCAUUGCGUGAAGCUGAUGGUGUGCAUGUGUGGAAAGAUUUACGAAAUUUCCUUUUUCAAUUGACACAAUCAAUUCGAGCCGAAUCAAGUGAUAACAAUGAUAAGAUGCGCCUUAGCUACGAUCAAUUACUAUUGAUAGCACAUUAUUAUGCAACACGGGCGGCAUGCCGUGAAGUACCUUCACUACAUCAAAUCGCUGUUAAAAUAUCAAUCGCAUUGAUACGAUACAGUGAUGUAAUUCCGGUUGAUAAGGCAUUCUUUGAGGCUGGAAUGGAUUUACGAACAUUGAAUCGUGAAUGUGAAGCAUUUGUAUUUUUAAAUCAAUAUUUAGAUAUUUGCGAAGCAAUCGAAGAUGCAAGCAAUUUAGUCGAUUUUUCCGAUUUACAUGAUAUUACGGAUAUUCCUGAAUCGGUGCCAAUACCCGAAAAAAUGCAUUUACACGAUGAACAAAAUGUACACGAAGAAAUACGCGAAUGGGUCUUGGCCAUUAGUAUGGACCAAAAAAUUAAUCAGAUAUUACCGACCGAUGAUCGUAAUUUAUACGAGUCACGCGUCUUUGAUCACGAGCAACCAUGUGUUAUUAGUGGCUAUCCAAUUCAGCAUAAGCAACCGGUGAUUUUCCAACGAUCACAUCGUCAGGCGAAUCGUGAUGUCUGGAGCAAAUUGACGGUGUCUGCAAAAAUGUCACCACACACAAGCAUACCCGAUACAAUUGAAUUUGUCGAAAAAUGGUGUGGCCAUGCUAAUUUCAUUGCCUAUUAGAUUUUACAAAUGAAUUCUAAGCUGUUGUAUUUUGUUUUGUUUUCAUUUUAUGGCAUACAUUAAUGUAAUAUCCUUUAUUUGCUAAAAAAA